UAAACUGACUAAAGGCUUCACGGCUUCUCUGACUCCUACUUGGAACUAUGAGUUUCCCGUAUUCGCGAAUCACGUUAAUCCUUAUUGUUUAAUGUGUCAUGUGAUUUGUUCGAUGAGAAUCGAUUUAUUUUUUUUAUGAGUUAUGAUGUGUUUUUCUAAUGCGGUUGUACUGAACGUCAUUUUAAGCGAAUAUUACAUUUAAGUGUAACAUCAACAAAGUUCGUGAAUAUUUAUUCAUAGUUAUUAAAUGUAAUCAAUAGUUUGAAAAAACAACUCGUUUAUACUAUUACCGUUGUUUUGAAGCCGAAGCAUUAUGUAUACAGGCACUAGUGCAGAUCAGGAUACUAGGUUCAGUGACAAGGAAAAAAAACUAUUGAAACAAAUGAAAUUUAGUGAAUCUUUAAAUGCUAAGGUUGAUAUGAACAAAGUAAAACUAGAUACUAUCAAACCAUGGAUUGGUAAAAGAAUAACUGAAUUACUAGGAAUGGAAGAUGAUGUUGUUGAAGAAUUUGUAAACAAUCAGUUGGAAGCAGAUACUUGCCCUGAUCCAAGAAAAAUGCAAAUCAAUCUUACUGGUUUUUUAAAUGGAAAAAAUGCUAGGGUAUUUAUGACAGACUUGUGGGAAUUACUUAUAUCUGCACAAGAAUCACCAUCUGGUAUUCCUCCUAAAUUUAUAGAGCAAAAGAAAGAAGAACUUAAAAAGAAAAUGGAAGAUCAAGAGCGUGUUGGAGAUAUGCUUAAGAAGUUUGAAAAAGACAAAGAAGAUAGAGAAAAAGAAAGGAAGAAAGAACGAGAAAGAAGGAAAAGUCGCAGUAGGUCACAUACACGAGAUCGACGUAGCAGGUCAAGAGAUCGUCAUCGUGAUAAGCGUGAUAAAGAAAGAGAAAAAGAUAAAUAUAAAGACCACGAUUCAGACAAAGCACGAGAAAAACAUACUAAAAGAGAUUCUCGCUCAAAAUCUAAAGGAAAACUUGUUAGUAAUGGACAUACGUCUCCGGCUAAAAAAGAAAAAAGUCAUAGUUGCUCACCUAAAAAUGAUGUUACUGUGGUAAACGAAGAAAAAAUAAAUAAUUCAAAGACCUCAGUUUCUCCAUUAAAAGAUAAAGUUGUUGAUACUUACAACAAAUCAAAACCUAAAGAACGAUCUUCAUCUAGAGAUACUAGUAAACAUAGAGAGAAAAAACGGCGUUCUUCUUCAUCAAGCCAUAGUUCUUCUUCAUCAAAUUCUUCUCCUAGCCCUGAUCGUAAAAAAGAUAAUUUUGAAAUUCAGAAAAAGGAAAAUAGUAUUCAGAAAAAAAGGCAGUAUCGAACAAAUAAAGAUGACUCAUCAGCUAGUGAAUCAGAUAAGGAUAAAUCCUCAGAUAGAAGGGAUCGACGAGACCGUUCCACUUCUCGUUCAAGACGUCCAUCUAGGCGUGGUUUUAGUCGUAGUCGAUAUCGUGAAAAAAGUCGUGAUCGAUAUUAUAGAGAUAGGGAAAGAGAACGUGCUAGAGAAAGAGAACGUAAUCGUCGUGAUCGUGAACGGGAUCGCAGAGAACGAGGUAGAGUAAUUCGUGAAAGAGAACGUGAACGUGAUAGACGUAGGCAAAGGGAAAGAGAAGAAAAAUCAUCACCCAGAAAAAGGAAAUCAAGAAGUCCUGAAAGGAAAUCCAGAUCAGGUAGCAGGCGCUCAAGAAGUCGUUCAAAAUCUAGAAGGAGACGAAGUGGAAAAUCACGUAGCAAAGAACGUGUUAUUAAAGAUUCAAGAACAGUUUCCCCAGUAAAAAAAGAAAACACUAAGACCAAGCAGGUAUCUCAAGAAAGUUUAUCUAGAACCCCUUCACCUUUUAAGAAAGUUGAAGACAAACUAGAUCGUAAAUCAAUUAAAGAAAGACUAGGUGUUAGGGAUGAUCAAUCAUCUAAAACUUCUCUGCGACAAAGAUCAGGGCGUUCUCCUUCAUCAGAAAAAAAAAGUAGCAAUGAUAAAAAGAAUUUAUCGAGUUCUAGGCGCAAAUCGCCAUCUCCUGUUUCUAAGAAAAAAGAAGAAGAAAAACCUGAAAAAAAUAAAAAAGUAUUAAAAAAACGUGAAUCAUCACUAUCUGAUGCUGAAAAAUCCAAGUCAAAGAGAAAGGAUGAAUCAAGUUCAUCUGAUGAAUCUAUAAAAAAGACUAAAAAAAAGAACAAAAGAGAUUCUAGCUCCGAAAAUGAAAAAAUUAGAACUAAAAAACGAAAACUCAAAGAAUCCACAUCAUCUGAAGAUGAUGAAUCAAAGAAAAAAAAGAAACGUAAAAAGAGAUCAUCCAGCUCAAGUUCAGAUGAGAGUGAUGGAGAUGAUAAAAAAAAGAAAAAAGAUAAGAAACAUAAGAAACAUAAGAAGCAUAAGAAACAUAAGAAGCACAAGAAACGCAAAGCUGAAGGAAGUGGUUCUGAUGUCAAAUCAGGAGAUGAAUCAGAACAACGUUUACGAGAAAAAGCACUGCGUUCCAUGAAAAAGAAAAAUCAGGCUAAACAUGAAGGUACCCCGAAUAGCAUUAGCAGUGAUUAACAAAGAGCAACGAGAAUUUGACAGGUUAGCCUACUGUCCAGUCAUCAAGGCUGCCGACUUGUUGGCAGAAUUAUACUUGCAUCAUUUUCAUAGCGCUGUUUGAUCGUUUUUGAAGCCCCUUCGUUUGUUUUCUUUCUAUCAACAUUUUUAAUCUACAACUACAAUACUUCUAUCAACAUUCGAUUUUCAUUUCUGCUAUCAACAUAAUCUACAAUCAACAUAUCUUCAAUCAACAUAACUUCUAUCAACGUAUCUGCAAUCAACAUAACUUCUAUCAACAUAGACGCCUACAAUCAACAUAACCUUUGUCAAUCAUCUGUACUACAACUAACAUUACUUCUAUCAAUAUAUCUGUACUGCAAUCAAUAAUACUAUUGUCAAAGAAUCCAGAACUCAAACAUAAUUGAAUGAGUUACACAUAAUCAAUUCCUUGAAACAAGAUCGUAUUCACAGUGUGAUGGUACUCAACCUGUAUUACUGUGUAAAAUCAGGAAAAAGAUAUAUGAAAAUGUGUAUACCUCAACCAAUAUCUAUUUUGCUUUGUAUUUAUACAAUACCUGAGUUAGCUGAUUGAAACUAUAUCUAGACAUUAGCACCGAUUGAAAAUCCACGCUGAUCUAAGUU